AUGCACAUCUUUAUGAAAGUGUAUGUUGCUCAGGACACAGAUGAUACUCUUUUCCUUCCCUGGACCACUGAAGUGCUGGUGGUAUAUGACAAAUCUUUCAUCAGCUAUAGAAUGAUCCCAGCUCUUUGCAUUCUGCCUCUGGUUACAUUUAUAACUUACUGGCUGCUGGAGGCCCAGCUGCAGGCCCAGAGCCGUGUCCAUGAGGAGGAGGUGGAGAGUCUCAGGGCUCAGGUGAAGGCCCUGAAUGAAGAGAUGGACAGGCAGCUACAGACCUGCUCCCAGACACUGCUGCUUUACCCGAAGGCCCGGGUGGAAUUUGGCGUCCAGAAGGAGAUGUCCCGGCUGACCCAUGAGAACGUGGACCUUAAAGAACUGGUAGAAAAGCUGGAAAAGAAUGAGAAGAAACUCAAAACACAACUGAAGAUUCACAUGAAUAAAGUCCAGGACCUAGAAGCUGCCCAGACGUUAGCCCAGAAUGGGUAGAGGCGUCACGGACUCAACAGGCAGGUCACUGUGCAGCGGGAAGAGAAGGACUUCCAGGGAUUGCUGGAGUACCACAAGGAAGAUGAGGCCCUCCUCAUUCGGAACCUGGUGACAGCCCCAGAGCUGAAGCCGCAGGCGCUGGCGGGCACCGUGCCCUGUCUUCCCGCUUACAUCCUCUACGUGUGCGCAAGGCACGCCGACCACAGCAACGACGACCUCAAGGUGCACACCUUGCUGACCUCCACCAUCGAGGGCAUCAAGAAAGUCCUUAAGAAGCACAGUGAUGACUUUGAGAUGAUGUCAUUCUGGCUGUCCAGUACCUGCUGCCUGCUUCACUGUUCGCAGCAGUACAGUGGGGACAAGGACUUCAUGACUCAGAACACCGCCAAGCAGAAUGAGCACUGUCUCAGGAACUUUGAUCUCACUGAAUACUGCCAGGUACUGAGUGACCUUUCCAUUCAGAUCUACCAGCAGCUCAUUAAAAUCGCCGAGGGGGAGCUGCAGCCCAUGAUAGUUGAAGAAGAAAACCCCCGAGGACGCCGAGGACGUCGGCUCCCUGUGCCCUCCCUCAGCACUCAGCAGAUUGUCAAAAUUUUAAACCUGUAUACUCCCUUGAGUGAAUUUGAAGAACGAGUAACAUUGGGCUUUAUACGAACAAUCCAGGCAUAA